CGCAGCCGCAGAAGAAGUCAAACACCUUCAGAUACUGUUGCAUAAACCGUCUCCUUCAAACUAUUUCAUCUUUCAGCCAUAAACACACGCUGAAUGCACUCGUAACAACAUGAUUUCAGCAGCUGUCGCGAAAAAGGUUCUUUGUAGCAUUUACCGGGCAUCACUGAGACCAGCUGUUGGCACAGUGAUAUCUCGUGGUUACCGUGGUGAUGCCCCAGAGCCAAACAUGAUCGAGAUCCCCAUCCCUCCGUGGGAGGAGAGGACAGGAGAGUCCAUGGCGAUCAAAAGAAAAAGACUUGUGUACGAGAGCCGCAAGAGAGGCAUGCUGGAGAACUGCAUCCUUCUGAGUCUUUUUGCAAAGCAGUACCUGAACACAAUGAGUGAAGUUCAGCUGAGACAGUACGACAGACUCAUCAAUGAACCGAGCAAUGACUGGGACAUCUACUACUGGGCCACAGAGGCUGUGCCGACACCUGAUGUUUAUGAGGGCGAAGUGAUGAACAUGCUCAAAGAGUUCACCAAGAACAGGAACAUGGAACAGCGUCUGGAUGCACCAAAUCUGGAAUACCUGGACAAGAGCAGUUAAUCUUCACUUGUCCAUCAGAGACUCUCAUGAGCUCAUCUCAUGUCUUGUAUAAACCACUUUAAACACGUGUCUGCCAUUAGACGGACAGGUUUGAUGUGGCUAUAAAAUAAUGUGAAUGUAUAUUUAUGUGUUUUAUUUACAUUAAGAUAAACUGUUGAACAGGGCAAUACAAAAAAAUCGGUUAUCAUUGAAAUGUGUGAACAAUUAAUCAUAAAUACCACAAACUGCAUAUGGAGAACUCCCACUAUCAAGUCUACAUUAGAGCAACGAUACAUGAUGUAUAAAACCAGUCAGAAGUUUUCAGAAAGCAUUAUUUUUUUCUAAAGAUCACUCUUUUGUUACAUGAUUUGUUGUAUUAUCUAGAAAAAUAUAUAAUCCAAAAUUGGCCUGGAGAUUAGCUGCCACUCACUCAAAAUGAAGAAAAGAAGCACAUACACGCAAUAGAAAAUAUCGUGAGCUACCAGGUAAAAACAUGUCAUGUUCACUCAGCAGUGAUGUCCGCAAAAUAGACAGAAGGAUAAUAGGAUGUCUCCAGGAGCAGAGAGGAGGAGAAAUGUAAUGAUGUAUUUGCACAUGCAGUAUUUCAUUUAGAAAUAAACAGGUUUUAUUCUCACAUAAAUAAACUUUAAUAAAGUAA